CGCGGUGUGCCGAUGCCGUAACCCUGCCCAUUGACUGCUGGCAGGUAGCGAGAUACCGGCAACAACAACUAGUACUACUACUACUAUACUAGUGUUGUCAGUGCGAAGGACGGUUGCCGGAUUCAUUCAUGAUGCGGCGGUGAGGCUGCGGCAUUGACUUGACUUCUCUUGCGGUUUGUUCGCGGCAGCUCUGAGCCUGAGGCCUGCGACUGGCGGCGGGACCGACCGGUUGAUAGAGAUGAACGGCUCCAGGAAAUAUAUCUCCAUCAGUGUCCCCGAUGCGCCCGAUUCCAUGUCCCCGCACAUCAAGUCGGCGGAACAGCUGCGAGUGAUCGGCUUCAAUCUGGGUGACUGUUCCAGGUCUAUGCAGUUCGCCAUUUGUGUGACCGGAGUCUUCGUCUUCUAUCUCGUGUAUGGAUACCUGCAGGAGCUCAUUUUCUCACUGGAAGGCUUCAAACCCUUCGGCUGGUACCUAACUCUGGUGCAGUUUGCUUUUUAUUCCACGUUUGGACUGGUCGAGCUCCAGUUCACGCAGGACAAGAGGAGGAGAAUCCCGUGGAAAACAUAUAUGAUGAUAGCAUUUCUAACAGUGGCAACUAUGGGAUUAUCAAAUACCUCGCUUGGUUAUCUGAAUUAUCCAACUCAAGUAAUUUUUAAGUGCUGCAAGUUGAUUCCUGUAAUGAUAGGAGGAGUCUUCAUACAAGGCAAACGCUACAAUUUUAUAGAUGUUUCGGCUGCACUUUGUAUGAGUUUUGGUCUAAUUUGGUUCACUUUGGCUGAUAGCAAAGUGGCACCCAACUUCAAUUUUGCAGGAAUAGCGCUUAUAUCAAUGGCCCUUUGUGCAGAUGCAGCUAUUGGAAAUGUACAAGAGAAAGCUAUGAAAUUGCAUAAUGGUUCAAAUUCAGAAAUGGUUUUAUAUUCCUAUUCGAUAGGUUUUCUAUAUAUAUUAAUGGGUUUGGUUUGUACCCAUGGACUGGGCCCUGCUUUUGUCUUUUGUUCUAGGCAUCUACUGGAGACAUAUGGAUAUGCAUUUGUGUUUUCAUUGACAGGAUAUUUUGGAAUUUCCUUUGUACUAGCCUUGAUAAAGCUCUUCGGUGCACUAAUAGCUGUAACAGUAACCACAGGAAGAAAAGCAAUGACCAUUGGUCUUUCAUUUCUCUUCUUUUCAAAGCCUUUUACUUUGCACUAUAUAUGGUCAGGUCUUCUGGUCCUCAUUGGUAUCUUCCUGAAUAUUUACAGCAAAAACAAGGACAUAAUUAGGCUGCCUUCACUGACUGACAUUCGGAAUAAAAUCCGGAAAAGGCAAAUGAGACCUACUUCAGAGAGGGUGUAGAGCCCACAUUGGUUUUUGCUUCUGAUUUGAUUGGGCAUUGCCAUCACUGGUUGGCCUUGACAGGACAUUCUGCAUAAGUGCACUUGUAUGCCUACUAUUAAUGCAACUGAUGACUAGUUGUACGAUGAGAAAAAUAUGAUCAAAGCUGGAAAAAAUAUGAACUAUACAAAUGUGAUAAAAGGGAACAAUGUAAAGCUUGGACUAUGUUUUCCAUAACUAUCACAAUGAUUGUUUACUAAUAAUGCGUAUAAAAUUCCAGACUUUUGAAUUACAGUACUUUCACUUGGUCCCUCUGUGCUUUGUCUUUGUUUGAAUUCUGAGCAGUGGCCUGUGCUUUUUAAGUUUUGUAAAUGAAUCACAUUUGUGUUUUGCUAUUUCUUUUUAUUCAACGGAAAUUACAAAUAUAUCAGUUAUGACAAAAUGUAUGUGUUUUUUAAUUAUAUGUGUGUGCACAAUUUAAUUGAAAUAAUUGUAGUGUGGUAGUAUUUAAAAUUGUUAUUUAUCAUAAAUAUAUAUGCCCUUCAAAUAUACUUGAUGCAACUUGUUUGUACUGGGUUCCUGAAUCAAUCCACAGCAAGUGUGGGGCAUGCAGUUUGAAAAUGUACAUUAAAUUAUAUAGUUACAGUAAGGAAUACCAUGAAACUUUCAUUCAGUAGUGACCCUAGCUAGAUCAAGAAUUCUUCAUUGUAUUUAAUUUAUACUAGUUCACAAAAAUGACUGUCAUAAUUGCCAUAUAUUGCCAAAACAUUUUUGUUCUUCACAGUGUCUCAGCUAAGCCUACUGGUUACCUUUUUAUUAAGAGCAGAAGUCAAAGAAACCGGGAAAGUACAAAGAUGUUGCACUGGUCCCUACCCUAUCCCACACCAAAACCAAAUUUGUGUUAUAACAAUUAUAUCAUUCUGUUUUUGCAUAAAUUAUUUUUAAUGCUUAAUGUUUAUUUUUUAAUUUGUUUUUCACUGUUUCAGAGUUUGGGGGCUUUCUAUUACAAAAAGAAAUAGUGUAAAGCAUCAUACUAAGUUUCAAUUUUUUGCAAUUAGUAUAUUUUCCUUGGAUUUAUUUAAAUUUGUAGGAGGAAUUGACAUCCACUUAGUUAUCGCUGUUUAUAUGCCAGAUAUUUUUAAUACAAGGUAUGAACAAGUUAAACAGAGUUUAAAAUAUUGGAUCUUCAACAAUUGUAUUUGUGGUCAAUAUACACGUAAUAUAAAUCUUAUCUAUGUGGAUAUUGCUGCAUUUUAAAUGAGGGUGUGAAUGAACACGAUGGAUUACUUCUGUUAUGAUCCUGCAUUCUCACUAGCUGGUAAUUUACCAAUAAUUUCCAUUAAUAUCUACUUUCAAGUUUUAAAAUGCAUUCCAAAGAAUGACAAAUUCAGAUAUUUGUGUGGGCAUUGUUGCAAUAUAGAUGUUGCACGACUGAUGUAAAGGCGUUUUGUUUUCCUCAGCUGUGAUAAUUUGAAAGUUCAGGUGCAAUUUUGCACUGGAUUCACUCCAAAAUAUGUCUUAUUGCACACAAAAGUAAUUUAAAUCAAUAAUUGUAUUUCCAGCUUUUCAAAAAUGUUUUGGCUAUUUGAUCAAGACUCUUGGGGGAAAAUGAAUAAACUUAUUUGAUAAUUA